CAGCCCGUAUAAGAGGAAGGACCUGAGAUCAGCUCGCCUCCCCAAGAACUGCUGGCCAGUUCCAUCGCUUUGUGAAUUUUUUGUGCACUUCGUCCUUUCUGGAGCUUUCCCCUUGAAUAAUUCACAACUCGUCUGAUGCUGCUUCUCCCCAUCUACUUUAUCUUGGGUCUUCUUUCCACUGUUUACAGUGCACCCUUCGCUGCCAUUUCGAAUCGAGGAGCUCCGAAUCUUCGGGCACGCGGGACCAUCCUCGUUGAUGUGAAAUUCAGACAUCAUAUAGGAAAGGGAGAAAGUUAUGCGUCGGUUGAGCCUUACACUUGGAAAGCGCCACCUGAGGACGUUCAACGACGGGUAGCUCUCGCAUUGUUUGGUGACACUGCCAUAGACAAAGUUUCAGCCAUUCGUUGGACGAACACGUAUCUGGCAAGCGAUGAGUCUUUUGAAUGGCGUCAGUUAAACACACAAAACACAUAUCAGUCUGGAUAUUCUGAUCCAGUCGCUAUUCCCGCUACGGAGGAACCUAGCAAGACACAUAUCCUUGUUGAUUUUGAAUAUUUGAGAGCACAGAAAAAUAAACCCCCCCAGAAGCAACCACAAAAUGUCUUCGACUUACUACAAGAGCAGGAAAGACUUAGAAAAGAAGGGAAGGGAAAGUAGGAGAUUAGUAUCACACUAGACUCGGUCUCACCUGUCGUUGAAGCCACCUUGUUUCCGGUAAAAAAUGACCUAACUUUCGAGAACUU